UGUAGUUCCGAGCGCGGCAGACAAAAGUCGUCGGAUCGGGGUUUAUUCACUGGAUAUAUCUCGUGACGCGCCCCGUCUUCUUCUUCGAGAGCGAAGAGCUACGCGCGAUGGUUCAACGAUAUCGUCCAACGUUAUCUCGGCAAGCCGUCCUGCGAGUGACCUACGACUGCUUGGGCCCCGGCUCGCGCGAUAAUGGACCAUUGUAGGGGCGCGCGCGCGGCGGGAUCCGCUUGUCGCCAACCAAUCCCUAGCGUUCUCGCGGCUUUUCUCCAAUGUAUAAAUUGACCGGCUGCAUUCUACGGAUCAUUGAUUUGGGCAUCGACCCGAGCCGUCCGUCGCUGAAUCCUCCGCUCUUCUUCCGCAAACUCCGUCUCGCGCGUACGGUCUCCGCACUAACGCGUCAUGGACAUCUUUGGGGACACGAAAACCACCGGACUGGAGCAUCUCAGCCUCGAGCGGAUGCUCGAGGACAAUCUGCCCGAGCCUAUCCUCGCGGAGGUCAAGAGGAUCCUCUAUGGGCGUGAAAUCGAAAAGUUGGACCUGCCGAAAUUGGAAGGCGAGCAGAGCUUCGAUCUGCAGGGCUACAGGAUGGACGGCGCGAUGGAGGAGCAGCUGCGCGCGCCGCGGCUCGUGCGCGUGGCCCUGAUCCAGCACGCGAUCGUGCUGCCCACGAGCGCGCCGCUGUGGGAGCAGCGCGACGCCAUCUUCAAGAAGGUCGGCGGCUACGUGGAGCACGCGGCCAAGUGCGGCGCCAACAUCGUCUGCCUGCAGGAGGGAUGGCACAUGCCGUUCGCCUUCUGCACCCGCGAGAAGUACCCGUGGUGCGAGAUGGCCGAGGACGCCUACCUAGGGCCCUCCACCGAGCUGCUGUCCGGUCUGGCGAGCAAGCACAACAUGGUCAUCGUCUCGCCCAUCCUGGAGCGCGACCACGUCAGGGGCGACGUGCUGUGGAACGCCGCCGUGAUCAUCGGACCCGACGGCCGCCUCAUUGGCAAGGAGCGCAAGAACCACGUUCCCCGCAAGAACGACUUCAACGAGUCCACCUACUACAUGGAGAGCACCCUCGGCCACCCGGUUUUCGAGACGCCCUACGGCAAGAUCGCCGUCAACAUUUGCUACGGUCGCCAUCAUCCGCUCAACUGGCUCAUGUACGGCCUGAACGGCGCCGAGAUCGUGUUCAACCCAUCGGCCACCACCAAGACGCUCUCGGAGCCGAUGUGGCCGAUCGAGGCCCGCUGCCACGCCAUCGCCAACAGCUACUACACCUGCGCGAUCAAUCGAGUGGGCACCGAGCUGUUUCCCAACGCCUUCACUUCCGGCGACGGCAAGCCAGCCCACCGCGACUUCGGGCACUUCUACGGCUCGAGCUACGUCGCGGCGCCGGACGGCACGCGCACGCCGGGCCUAAGCCGCAGCCACGACGGCAUGCUCGUCGCCGAGAUCGACCUCAACCUCUGCCGCCAGAUCAGAGAUCUGUGGGGAUUCAGGAUGACGCAGAGGCUGGAAUUGUACGCCAAAGAACUCAACGAAGCCGUUCAGCACGACUUUAAGCCGCAAAUCGUCAAGCCUUCCUCGGCUAAUUGACAGCUGUGCUUCGUCUAAUCGUGUUCUUCCUGCCCUACGGCGUGUACACUUUCUUCGACGCCCCAAAUCCUCCCCUUUCUUGCUCCCUCUCAUUUUAUCUCAUAAUCUUUUUAU